AUGGAGGAUGUAGAUGCCGCGUCCCCUCUGCCACCCGGGAUGGCGGACCCUGAUCUUAAAGCAGCGAUGCAAGCUCCUAUUACUGUUAUGCUGGGUCCCGUGGGCCUCCUCCUCCGGGAACUCCAUUCUCCCGAGCAAAGUCUUCUCGAUGCGGAGGAGAUUCGUCUUCUUAGGGAUGCUCUCACGGAAUUAUGCAUCCCCCUGAUGAAUAUGUCGGAAGAAGAUGACGCUAGCUUCAUGUCCCGAUGGUGGAUGAAGAUAGUUCGGGAGCUUUGUUAUGACGCCCAUGAUUAUCUCAACUUUGUCGCCCGAGAUCGUCACGGUUUUUCAGAGUUGCCUGAUUGUGCCAAGGCUGUUUAUUCAGACUUACUUGCUCGUGCCAAGGAUGCGAGGGAAAGACGCAAAGGUUUCCAGUGGUAUCCCAAGACCACCUGGACUGAGAGGUGGAGAGCCCACACGCACGAAGCCAAUGACCGUCGCUUAUCCAAAAUUUUGGCCCUGAUGCCUGGUCCCUUGGCUGUCCGUACCACACCCGGUGUCGUCCUUGCGGAGGCCCCAAACAAGCUUGUGGAGCUGCUAGCUUUAGACGACAACGUCGACUACAAGACACUCAAGGUGAUACCUAUAAUUGGAUGUGCAGGUGUUGGAAAGACAACUGCUGCCAGAACCUUGUACCACAAGCAUGGAGGGAAAUUUCAGUGCCGGGCCUUCGUAAGUGUGUCUCCGAAUCCAGAUAUGAGGGGGGUCCUCACGAGCAUGCUCUCACAACUCAAGGCACCAAGUCCCCCUGGUUUUCCUGAUGUGCUGGACCUUAUUGGUGCUAUCAGAAACCAUCUCCAAGGCAAAGGGUACUUCAUCGUACUUGAUGAUUUAUGGACUGCAUCGGUAUGGCAUGUUGUUAGCCGCGCUUUUCCUCGUGGUUAUCGCCGCAGCAGAGUAAUAACAACUACACAAGUGCAUGACGUAGCAUUGGCAUGCUCUGGUUAUCACCCGGUCUGUAUAUAUAAGAUGGAACUUCUUGAUGAACAUGAAUCUCGAGAGUUAUUCUUCCGUAUGGUGUUUAGCUCGGCCCCAGGAGAUGGUUGUUCUCCAGGUACCAAAGAAGUUUCAUACGAGAUUAUCAGAAAAUGUGAAGGUUUACCGUUAGCAAUUGUAAGUAUAGCUAGUCUGUUAGCAAGCGAAUUAAGCAUCGUCAUGGAAGAUUGGAGGCACAUAAAAAAUUCUUUUUGCUCCACUUCCCAAGGGAUGAAAGAUGUUUUAAACCUUAUGUACAAUAGUCUUCCAAUUGAUCUGAGGACAUGCUUGCUAUAUCUGAGCAUGUAUCCACAGGGCUACUUGAUGAAGAAGGAUGAGUUGGUGAAGCAGUGGGUAGCCGAAGGUUUAAUCAGUGCUGUGGAAGGGUUAAGGAGAGGCAUGGUGGAAAUUGCUGAGGGUUAUUUUGAUGAGCUCGUCAGCAGAGCAAUAGUCCAAGCCGUGGACACCAAGUAUAAUGGAGAGGUGUUAUCAUGUACAGUUCAUCAUUUGGUACUGGAUUUUAUUAGGUCCAAAUCCUUGGAGGAGAACUUCGUCAUCACCGUAGACUACUUUCAAUCAACUCUAGCACUCCCUGACAAUGUUCGCCGACUGUCGGUCCAGUUUGGAGGGGUAGAAAGUGCAUACUUUCCGGAAAGCAUCGUAACAUCGAAAGUUCGGUCACUUGUAUUUUGGGGUUUCUUUAAGUGUGCACCUCCUUCCAUUAUGGAGUAUGGAUUUCUUCGUAUAUUGAUUCUUCAUAUUUGGGCUGAUGAAGAUGACGGCGAGAGUUUUGACCUCACUGGAAUCACGAUGCUUUCUCUUCUGAAGUAUCUCAAUAUUGAGUGCAAUAUCACCGUCGAACUUCCACACAAGAUUGGAAUGCUGCGAUAUUUGGAGACACUGGAAGUAGAUGCAAUACUGUUUGCUGUUCCAUCAGAUAUUAUUAAUCUGGAGAGGUUACUGCACCUCCGGCUUCCCAGUGAGUCUAUUCUGCCUCAAGGACUAGCCCACAUGACAUCUCUUUGCACUUUGGGGAAUUUUGAUCUCAGCCAUUACUCAACAGAGAAUGUAUUACAACUUGGAGGGUUGUCUAACCUCCAGGAUCUCAAGCUCACCUGUUCUAUGGUACAGCCAGCAGAAAAUCUGGAAAAGAAUAUGCAGCUCCUAGGCUCAAUUGUUGAGAAGCUCAGCUUCUUACAGACCAUAACUUUGGUACCUGCUUCAGUCUCCUCUCAUGACGAUGAUGCUUGGGCUGCACCUGCAAGCAUAAUUAUUCCCCCUGAUGGCUUUAACAUGGCGUCUCCUCCUCCAGACCUGCUUUUACGAAGGAUCGAGCUGUCGCGACACUGCUGCAUCUUCUUCCGUGUCCCCAAGUGGUUUGGAGAGCUCAGGAAACUCUGCAUUCUUAGGAUUGCAAUUAGGAGGCUGUCCAGGAAUGAUGUUGAAAUCCUGGAAAGAAUGCCUGCCCUCGUUGCUCUCACCUUAUCUAAUCAGACAACUCCUGCAGAAAAGAUGGUCAUGACCGAGGAGGGAUUUCAUGUACUCAGGUACUUCAAGUUCUCGUGUUCUGCACCAUGCCUGUCAUUUGCGCAAGGAGCAAUGCGCAGACUCCAAAAGCUCAACCUAGGAUUUAACUCAAAAGAAUGGAGAUCGGAUACCAUCGAAAAUGUUGGCUUGAGUCACUUGAGAGGCCUUACAGAUGUAUGUGUAAGACUUGGUGCUGGGGCUACUGACAACUUCAACGUAGAAGUUGUCGAGUCGGCAUUGGAGGCUGUCGUCUGGAAUGACCCCAACUCUCCCAGUAUCAGAAUAAAAAUUGUGGGUGUGAUUUUUGAUGGUGAGGAUGAGAGCACCCUGGCUCAGGAGAUUCAAGAGGACGAGGAAAACAGAAUAUUACAGAUUCCACUAAAUGUUGAAGCGCUCAAAGAUUUUGUGGCAUGGCACUAUACAAAGUCUGGAACCUUCUCUGUUCGUUCGGCAUACCAUGCAGAACUUGAAUACCAGUUUGGGCGCCACUUUUCAAACCGAAAUUGGUCAGGGAAUGCUCAACUUAAUGGGGUCUGGAAGGAACUCUGGCACCUCCAGCUAUCGGGAAAGAUCAAACACUUUGGUGGGGAAAUUCUUCCGGGAAUUAUAGCGUGCUACGGUGUACUGCAGACAGACAUAUACCCUUGA